AUGGCGCGAAUCGCGAUCGUCGUCGCGGCGGUGAAGACGCACGCGAUCGAUCUCACGCUGUGCGUCGGACCGAGCAUGAUGCCGACGUUCAAUCCGAGCGGGGACGUCGUGGCGGUGGAGAAGCGCGCGGCGCGGCGGCUGCGAAGCGGCGACGAACGAUGCGCGCGACGAGGGGACGUCGUGCUCGCGACGUCGCCGACGAACCCGACGCAGUUGGUGUUUAAACGCGUCGUCGGCGUCGGCGGGGACGUGAUCGACGUUCCGUACUCGAACGGGAGGAAUUUUAGAGUGACGACGACGCGCGUGCGAGUGCCGGUCGGGAGCGUGUGGUUGCAGGGCGAUAACGCGAGAAAUAGCACGGAUAGUCGAGAUUACGGGCCCGUGCCCGAGGAUAUGAUUCUCGGACGCGCGAUCGUGCGCGUGUGGCCGCCGUCGGGGUUCGGAUGGGUGGAAAAUUCGAUGGGAGACGCGCGGUUGGUUCGCGCCGGCGCGGACGCCGCGUAG